UUGACAAAUCUCAAGCCCGAUAUAAAGGAAUGUUAAUAGAUUUCGAUUGGGCCAGUAAAGAUGAAAUUGAGUACUAUCUAUCUUUUAUGAAUCAUAAAUAUAUUAAUUGGCCACCAGGGGCUAAAGAUAAGAAGAAACUGUAUCGAAAACACGAUAUUUAUUGGUUGGAGCUGUUGAAAUCUAAAUACUUGAGUGAGAGUGUAGAUCUUGAAUGA